AUGGCCUUUCACCGAGCUCCGUCGUCUUCCUCUUCACUCAUUCCCAUUUCUAGAUGGGAUGUAUUCUUGAAUUUUAGAGGUGAAGAUACUCGCAAGACUUUUGCUGCCCAUCUAUGCGCCGCUCUGCGUCAAAAUGGAAUCCACACCUUCAUGGAUGAGAAGCUUAGAAGUGGAGAGGAAAUUUCACCAGCACUUUUCAAAAUCAUUGAAGAGUCAGAGAUUUCGAUCAUUAUAUUUUCUAAAAACUAUGCAUCGUCUAAAUGGUGCUUGGACGAGCUAAUGAAGAUCCUUGAGUGUAGAAAAACAAAGGGGCAACAAGUUUUACCGUUGUUUUACAAUGUGGAUCCGUCGGAAGUACGAAAUCAAGCCAAUAUUGUUGGAGAAGCAUUCACUAAACAUGAACAAAGGUUCAAGAAUAAUGAAAUGAAGGUGCAAAUGUGGAAGAUAGCCCUAACAGAAGCGGCCAAUUUGUCUGGAAAGCAUUUGGAAAACAAGAAUGAACCUGAAUUUAUUCACGAAAUUAUUGAAUGGGUGAAUUUGAUAUUACUCAAAAAGACAUACUUCCAAGUUGCCCAAUAUCCAAUUCAAAUAGAGCCCCGUGUACAUGAUGUGAAGUUGCUUUUAGAUAUUAAGAAGAAUGAUAGUACACGCAUGGUAGGAAUCUUCGGAACUGGUGGAAUUGGUAAGACAACUAUCGCCAAAGCCAUCUACAACUUGAUUGCUUCUCAAUUUGAAGGUAGUUGUUUUCUUGGAAACAUUAGAGAAACUUCCGGCCAAAUGGAUGGUCUGGUCAAUUUGCAAAAUAAACUUCUUUCUAAGAUGUUAGGAGGCUCAAGUCCAACAAUUGACAAUGUUGAUCAAGGAAUUACUUUGAUAAAGAAGAGGCUUUGCAGUUUGAGAGGAACAAAAAAAGUUGAGGGCAUGUUGAUAAAUUUGCCUGAAUCAAAUGUGAUACGCUUGAAUUCCAAAGCCUUCAAGAAGAUGAAAAGGCUCAAAAUGCUUAUACAUCGUAAUGCACGCUUUUCUGAGGAGCCUAAUUUUCUCUCUAAUAAGUUAAGAUUGCUUGAUUGGCCUAACUAUCCUGGAGAAUCUCUGCCAUCCAAUAUUUUUUAUGGAAAGGAUCUUGUUAAGUUAAGGAUGAUGCAUAGUAAGCUCAAGAAAUUGGACAGAGUGCAGAAUUUCCAAAACAUGAAAAUUAUGGAUUUCUCUUAUUGUGAAUUCCUAAGAAAAAUCCCGGAUGUUUCAAGUAUUCCAAAUUUAGAAGAAUUGAAUCUUAAGUGUUGUAGAAAUUUAGUUAAGGAACUUCCUUCAUCUAUUGGGUACCUUGUUGGGGUUAAACAUAUUAUUCUAUACGGUUGCACAAACCUUACAAAUCUUCCUGAUAGCAUUCAUAAGUUGCAACAUUUGAAGGAACUUUCUCUUAGUUGUUGUACUGGUAUAAAAGAACUGCCUUCAUCCAUCGGAUACCUGUGUACGAUUAAAACAUUAAAUCUACACUUUUGCAUAAACCUCAUGAGUCUUCCGAAUAGCAUUUAUCAGUUGCAACACUUGGAGAUCCUUAAUUUGAAUGAAUGCAAGCAACUUCGAGAAAUUUUCCGACUUCCACCAAAUAUAAUAGAAGUGCAAGCUAGGGAGUGCAUGUCAUUGGCAAUAUUCUUAGAACCUAGAAGAUCUCAAUCGGUUAAUACAUGGGAGCCACCAAAGCCUGGGGUAAGAACCACAUCUUUGGCAUUGCCAUUGUUGAGUCAUCGGAGUAUCCCCGCCGGGAGACCACCGGGGACUCUAAUCCUUCUAUUUGUUCUUGUCUGCAAGGCCGACGAUCCUCAGACAUCAUUAUACUUCCCGGAGAUUGUGCCACGUCAUCCUCGGAAAACUGUGCAUUAA